ACCCUUUCUCCAGGGUGUGGCGUUGGACAAAAUUCUGCCAAUUCUUUUAACCUGUUAGUCAUAAUCUGUUUAUGCAAUUGUUGCAGACCAAAAACAUCCUGGUUUUGGAAAUUGCACAAUAUCUGAAACGGUGGAUACAGCAUGAGGCCUCUUUCUCCAGGAGAUGGACUUUCCCCUCUGGGUCUACUCACACGAGGGCCUGACUACUUGCGUAAGCAGCUGGAGAUGAGCGGUGGUGGGCGGACGCCGAGUGCCGUAGAGAGGCUGGAAGCUGACAAAGCCAAAUAUGUCAAAUCUCGGCAAGUAAUCAAUAGCCGUCAAGAGCCAAUUCUGCUCAGCCACAUUCCCCGGUCUUCCCCAUGCUGCAGGAGACCCUUAACCCUUCACCAGCAGAGUGAAUUUCCUCAGGGCUUGACAGCAGAUCAAGAUGGCCUCAGAUCCAAGAAGCAGCCCCCUUCUCCUCAGUCCCCCAUAGCCCGGCGAGGGGGCAGCAGGCGCCUACUGAGGCCUGAUUCACUUGUCAUCUACCGUCAAAAACGCGACUCUUCUCUGGUCAACAAGGAGAACAGCAAAGGGUACAACAACCUAAUGAAGUGGCUGUUUCAGGGUCCACUGAGAGAUGGACCUCACAACUGUUCUUCUUCAAGGAGUCUCUUAGUAGGAGAUGGACAUCUGGAAGUGACACAAGAAGAGAACUCCAUGGUUUGGGUACCUGCAGAGAAGGAGGACACAAGGACUGCAAAUUCAGUGGACAUGUCUGAUGGAGUCAUGGGUUGCGAGUCUGAGCCUAGUCAAAAAACCCAGGCCAACUCUCAGCUCAAUGUUGACCAGCCCUUUCCUUCCUCGGGCCAUUACCAAACAGAAGCCAAGAAACAGCUGACACUGAGUUAUUCUCUUCCUCUUUCAGAGAAAGAACGAUUCUUUAAUUACUGUGGCUUGGACCGGAAUUUGGUGGAGGGGCUCGGAAUUGAACGCUUCAAACCGGGCAGCUGGGAAGCUGGUUCCUUCUGCAUCGGGUCAGCUAGUUCCGAACGUGAUGGCCUUUCCUAUAACGGGGAGCCCUUGUCUGCUGAAGACCCAAGUGACAAGCUGUCUGCAUCGGUCUCUGUUGUUGAGCGGAACGCCCGUGUCAUUAAAUGGCUUUACAGCUGUCAGCAGGCCCAAACGAGGUCCAAAGAAUCUACAGUAUGAACUCAUGAAGGUCUUGGGGAAGACCAGUUUUGGAGGGAAUCAUGGCAAGAUUCACCAUGGGAAACAGAGCAGGGAAUAGCAAUAGCAAUAGCCCUUCGACUUAUACACAGGUGAACUGCACUUUCUUUAACAAAGAGUUCGCUGGUUGUGAAUCCACGUGCCCCUUUGGGAGACAAACAGAGCAUCAGACAGGCUCCUAAUCAGCUCAGGCAGCUCCGGUGAGAUCAGCAGGGGCGGCGUGGAACGCAGCUGGGCCAGCCAAUGAGCCAGAACAGGGGUCUCCAACCUUGGCAACUUUCAGACUUGUGGACUUCAACUCCCAGCUUUGCUGGCUGAGGAACUCUGGUAGUUGAAGUCCACAAGUCUGAAAGUUGCCACGGUUGGAGACCCCUGAGCCAGAAAGUAAGUUAUAAAUGGAUAGCAUAGAAGAGCGGUGGGUGGGCAGGCCCAGGGGUGAAAUCCAGCAGGUUCUGACAGGUUCUGGAGAACCGGCAGCGGAAAUUUUGAGUAGUUCAGAGAACCGGCAAAUACCACCUCUGACUGGCCCCAGAGUGGGGUGGGAAUGGAGAUUUUGCAAUAUCCAUCCCCUGCUAUGCCCACCAAGCCACACCACACCCACCAAGCCAUGCCCAAAGAACCGGUAGUAAAAAAAAUUGGAUUUCAGCACUAGGCAGGCCCAACCAGCGAUCAGAGCUAAGGGUUCACCCGAACCCUCGCGACCAUGCAGCAGCCCACCACUGGACUUAUAUACCGCUUCGUAGUGCUUUCACAGCUCUCUCUAAGCAGUUUACAGAGUCAGCUUAUUGCCCCCAACAAUCUGGAUCCUCAUUUUACCCACCUCGGAAGGAUGGAAGGCUGAGUCAACCUUGAGCCUGGUGAGAUUCGAUCUGCCGAACUGCAGCUAGCAGUCAGCUGAAGUACCCUGCAAUACUGCACUCUAACCACUGCGCCACCUUGGCUCCACAUUGCCAGAUGUUCUCUUUCUCAAAGGAAUACUGUUAAGAGCCAGUUGGUCUUGAACUUUUGUUGAUUUUUUUCCCCAGUGAUGGCUACGUAAUAAUGAUUCAUUACCAUACUGAGGAUUCUGAGAAUUGAAAUCUAACAGAGGCGGAGGACCUCAGAUAGAAAAAUAUUCCCUUGGCAAUAAGGAUACAGUUUCCAGGACUAAUUUAAGGACUACAAAUUCUUGCUGCCAUCCAGAGUCCGAGGAAUACGUUUUCCUUUCUUUCCUCAUUGAUUGAGAGCCAGCCAUUGUGAUGCAGCAGAGAACACCGGAAGAAUUGGUGCCAAUCUCUUCUCGCCUAUGAAGUUUCUUAAAGUGGAAGGUUGGAGACCCCUGGUUUACCUAGCUAGUGUACCUUUUCUACGAGGUUGUUGUAUAUCCUGAUAUCCUGCCAACAAACAACCCCUGUGUACUUUGGCUGGUUGAGUUAUUAAUCAUUGCUUAUUUAGGCCUCUAACAAAGUGCUGAGCUCUAAGGAAUUUCCACUCCUGUUGGCAGAAUUAUCUGAAUGUAGUUCUACAUUGAAUCAUCCGAGGUUCCUUUUUUCAGAUAGCUUGGUUCAAGUCCAGGGUGCUUGGCUCUUCCUUUAUGUCGAAGCCUGUAUGACUUGCUUCACUGUGCUGCAAGAGGAUUCUGCUUCCCAGUGUUUGUAAUUAAAAAAAAAAAGUUGUUGAUACGCUUGUCUGCCUUUGCUCAAUACCAACCAACUUUUGGAAAAUAGCAUCUUGAGGGGGGUUCAGCUAAUGUCAGGCUGGAUGAAUAGAAUAGAAUAGAAUAGAAUUUUAUUGGCCAAGUGUGAUUGGACACACAAGGAAUUUGUCUUGGUGCAUAUGCUCUGAAUGUACAUAAAAGAAAAGAUACUUUCAUCAAGGUACAACACUUGCAACACUUAAUGAUAGUCAUAGGGUACAAAUUUAACACUUAAUGAUUUUAUGAGUUUUACAAUGUGGAUUUUUAAUGCUGUAAAUCUCCCAGAGUCACCAUGUGCGGUUCUAUAAAUUUGAUUAAUAGAUAAAUGAAUUUAUUUUCUGGUCUGGGAGAAGCACUAGGCAGCCACAGAACCCAACCCUUGAAUUUGGUAAAGUGGGGGAAAAGGAUGCAUGUACUUCUGGAAAACUGGAAUUAUUUCUAGGGGAGGUCUGAGGAUUUUAUUCAGCUGUAUUUCCUUCUGUUUGGACCGUUGGCUUCUUUGAUGAUUGGAAGAAUCAAAAAAAGACUCUCUGAGGAUCCUUCCAUACCUCCUCUGCUUCUAAUCUUUAAUCACAAUUUGAAAUGUACCCUAUUGCAUUUCUUGCAGCUUUGAGAAUAAGGAACAAAAAUCUCUAGCCCACGCAGCAACACAAUUCUCCCUUCCCCUCCAUAAAACAGGGAAGGGGAUAAAUAUAUCAACACAAAAAAGUAGGAAUAUAAUCACAACUCUUGUCAAUUUCAUCCCUGCUUCAUUGGGGAGCUGGGGGAGGAUGCAAAGCUAUUAAACACCCAUUACCCUUUAUGGACUCAUUAGAGUAGGGGAAGUACAAAUAGCAAUAGCAUCUAGGCUUAUAGCCCACCACAUAGCGCUUUACAGGGCUCUCUGAAGAGUUUACGAUGUAAGCAUUAUUUGCACAUUGUCCACAACAAUCUGGAUUCUCAAUCUGGAAGGCUUGAGCCCAGGGGUGAAAUGCUCACGGUUCAGACCGGAUUGCCUGAUCUGGUAGCGAUGAUGGUGGGUGGUUCGGAGAACCGGUAGCAAAAAUCACUGCCCCCACUCAUGCCCAGCUGAGCCGCACGAUCAUCAGAGGGUUGUUUUUUUUUACUUUUAAAAGCAUUUUUUCUUUGGCUGAAAAAAUGCUUUUAAAGUAAAAAAAAAAGCCUCUGACGAUCGCGCAGCUCAGCUGGGAUCGUCUCAGGCUUUUAAAAGCAUUUUUCUACAACCUCUUUGGCCGAAGAGGUUUUAAAGUGAAAAAAAAAAAGUUGGCCACAUCCACCCAGUCACAUUACCCACCCACCCCACCAAACCACGCCCACAGAACCGGUAGUAACAAAUUUUACAUUUCACCACUGCUUGAGCCCCAUCAGGAUCAAACUUCAAGCUAUGGGCAGAGUUUGCUUGCAAUACGGCACUUUAAGCAUUGCACCACCUUAUAAAUAGCCAGGAGAAGGGAAGACACACAAAUUCUGCCUGUAGAGAAAUGACUUGCCCCGGGUCUGGAGUCUCUUCAAGGCUCCCCAGUUUCCAGCGAAAAACUGAUUUCACAGCUUUUUUAAGAAUUUCACAACAGAGCUGCCAAAAAAAAACCAAGUCAGGCGUAAAGGUGUGGAGAUGAUCUGGGAGUUGUCUAAUAUCCUUUGUAGUGUAGGAAGUUAGCACCCACCCCUCUCCUAGAAGAAUGAAAUAUUUUAGAAAAAAUUAAAAAGGGCAGAAUAUUAUAUUUCCCUGGAUGAGAAAUGGAGAAACAUGUUUUAAGGACAAAGCAGCUCCCUGCAGCUUCCUGCCUCCCCCCACCUUUGUCAAUGGGCCAGAGACAGAAACUCAUUCUCCCCACCUUUGUCAAUGGGACCAUCAUCUGCAACACAAUAGGACCCAUCUAGCAACAGAAACUCACCACAUGGCACCUGGGAAGAUUACAUCAGCCAGCAAGGCUAGCUAAGACCCCCACUCCCUGGGAGUCUGACAACCAAUCAGGAUACUCUUCCUGUGCCCCAGGAAGUUCAAAGCUCAGAGAAAGCAUAAAACCAAGGCACGCUCAGUAUCUUCGCCCUUUUCUGUUCAGGAACUCAAACCAUGUGAACCUGUCCACCAUUAAACCAUCUUUCCAAGCAGUCUCCAUGUUUCCAGUGUCUUUUUCCCCACUUGGAACUGAACCCAGAUGGACAUUUCUUCCAACAAGAUGUCAUACAUUAUUAUGGCAUCAGCUUGUGAAAGGUGAAGUCUUAUUUUAGAAAUAGUGUGCUUGUAAAGAUCUUAUAUGCAUUCUAAGGCAAUUGAUACUUUCCAUCGAAUGCCCAUGAAAAAGUACAGCCUACGUGUGAUGAAUGCUGCCUGACAAACUCUGAAUUCUUGCUCUGCAGAAAGUUAACAAGGUUUUAAUUUUGGAUGGCAGUCUGUCUGUUGCCACCAUGUGGCAGCUAGAUGUAUCACAAACCUUUUAUACAAAAAAAACCCUACAUUUACUCUGAAUAGGCAAUUUAUUCUAGCACAGCCUAUUCCGUGAAAAUAGAAGAUUCCAUUAAAAUGAACAAUUGAAGCGACAUUUCCAAACCUUAUCAUUGCCAGCCUGUAUUUCAAAUGUGUGAGCAUGGUCAGUUGCAAGAGCCAAAGACACUGUUUGUCCU